UCAUCCCGGUGUUUCAAGACUGAAUCCGUAUAAAAGCGAUGGGGCCCUAGUCUGGGCAUCGCAGUCGGCGACACCGUCUUCCGCCGAGACAUCCGAUCACUCCACGCUCACAGAGAUGAAGAUUGCGGCCGUUCUGUUACUGGGCGUGACGCUGGUCGCCGGCGGUGGCCUCCAGGCGCCGGCGCCCGUCUACGGCCCACCAGCUUUCGUGGCCUCGCCCCCGAGCUCUCCCAUCGCCGAGAACAUCCAGUACGACUCCACCGGCUCUAGCUACGGACCACCUCCACCACCACCGGCCCUCGGCGGCGGCUACGGCGGCUCGGGCGGCUUCAUCGCCUCUGGCGGCGCUGGCGGCUUCAGCGGCCCCGCUUGCGCUGGCGCAGGCUGUGCCGGCACCGUCCAGGAGUACCGCAGCCACCACCAGGUGCCCACCCGCACCGUCACUCACCACGUCACCGUCCCCAUCCCGCAGCCGUACCCGGUGACGGUCGAGACCCGCGUGCCCUACGAGGUGAAGGUGCCCGUCCACGUGCCCGUCGACAGGCCCGUCGAGGUGCCCGUACCCAAGCCCUACCACGUGCACGUCGACCGGCCCGUGCCUGUUCACGUCGAGAAGAGGGUGCCGUAUCCAGUGCACGUCAAGGUGCCGGUGAAGAUCCCCGUGCACGUGCCCGUCGACGUCCCCAAGCCCUACCCCGUGAAGGUGUGGGUGCCCAAGCCUUACCCCGUGCCCGUCCCCGUCAAGCAGUACAUCCACAAGAAGUACAUUCACAAGACCUACAAAGUCAAGAGCCACGAUGACGAAGGCUGGUGGUGAUCCAAAGACAGCUGACAGCUCGCAGUUUGCAAUCUUCAACUCUAGUCACAACGUGUUAAUUAAUAUGUCUUGUUAAACCUUUUACGUUUUUUUUAUAUUUUUAACAAUAAAGCAUUGAGAACUGUU